ACUGUGAAUGAAAGCUGGAAUGCCUUAUCAGCCCCAUCAGACAAGCUGUAUUUGUGGAAUCCCAAAUCUACAUACAUUAAAUCACCACCAUUCUUUGAAAACCUGACUUUGAAUCUUCAGCCCCCUAAAUCUAUAGUGGAUGCCUAUGUGCUAUUAAAUUUGGGAGAUUCAGUAACAACGGACCACAUCUCUCCAGCUGGAAAUAUUGCAAGAAACAGCCCUGCUGCUCGCUAUUUAACUAACAGAGGCCUGACUCCACGAGAAUUCAACUCCUAUGGCUCCCGCCGAGGUAAUGACGCCAUCAUGACACGGGGGACAUUUGCCAACAUUCGCUUGUUAAACAAAUUUUUGAACAAGCAGGCACCACAGACUAUACACCUGCCUUCUGGAGAAAUUCUUGAUGUGUUCGAUGCUGCUGAGCGGUACCAGCAGACAGGCGUUCCCCUGAUCGUUCUGGCUGGCAAAGAGUACGGCGCAGGCAGCUCCCGAGACUGGGCAGCCAAGGGCCCUUUCAUGCUGGGAAUCAAAGCUGUCCUAGCUGAGAGUUAUGAGCGCAUUCACCGCAGUAACCUGGUCGGAAUGGGGGUGAUCCCCCUUGAAUAUCUCCCUGGUGAGAAAGCAGACACCCUGGGACUCACAGGGCGGGAACGAUACACUAUCAUAAUCCCAGAAAACCUCAAACCACGAAUGAAAGUCCAGGUCAAGCUGGAUACCGGGAAGACCUUCCAGGCUAUCAUGAGGUUCGACACCGAUGUGGAACUCACUUAUUUCCACAAUGGGGGCAUCCUCAACUACAUGAUCCGCAAGAUGGCCAAGUAGGCCCUCAUUUCUUAGGAGACUUGCCCUCAGUGCUGCCCCAAGUGCCUCCACGGUGGGGUACUCCACAGAGGGGUACAGGCCUCUCCCACUGCCUCCACAG